CGGUAAAAAUCCUAAUCUAAAGCAAGAAUUUAUGUCUGCAACAUCCAUUUCUACCGUUGUUCGGAUCAUAAAGCCCAAGCUUUCCGUGCAAAUCCAUCAUCUUCCCCAUCAUUCCUCUGCAUAUUCCGCUCCGAGUCCUGUCCUUUCCCAACCCAUCAGGCAAUGAAGCCUUCACUGGUCUUUCUCCUCCCCCAUGCACUCUCCUUUCUCAUCCUCUGCUCAAUCUCGGUCAACUCAGUUCCAACCCAUGAUAGGCAGCCAGCGACAUCGGGGGUCGAGUUCGACAUGGGAGGGCUUAGCAGAGAGAGCUUCCCGAAGGGCUUCAUCUUCGGGACGGCAACGUCUGCUUAUCAGGUCGAAGGGAUGGCUGACAAGGACGGCAGGGGACCCAGUAUAUGGGAUGUUUUCGUCAAAAUUCCUGGAAAGAUCGCUGGAAAUGCGACUGGGGACGUCGCUGUGGAUCAAUACCAUAAGUAUAAGGAGGAUGUUGAUUUAAUGCACAAGUUAAAUUUUGAUGCGUACCGGUUCUCAAUCUCAUGGUCGAGGAUAUUCCCAAAUGGUACCGGGAAAGUUAACUGGCAAGGAGUGGCCUACUAUAACCGGUUAAUUGAUGCCUUGAUUGAAAAAGGGAUAACUCCGUAUGCUAAUCUUUAUCACUAUGAUCUUCCUGAAGCACUCGAGGAGCGUUAUAAAGGGUUCCUGACUCUGAAAGUUGUAAAAGAUUUUGCCGAUUAUGCAGAUUUCUGUUUCAAGACAUUUGGCGAUAGAGUUAAAAACUGGAUGACCUUUAAUGAGCCGAGAAUAGUGGCUGCUCUUGGCUAUGAUAACGGCAUGAAUCCCCCUAACCGGUGUUCCAAGGAGUAUGGUAAUUGCACUGCUGGCAAUUCUGCAACCGAACCUUACAUUGCGGCCCACCAUUUGCUAUUAUCUCAUGCAGCAGCAGUUAAAAGAUAUCGCGAGAAACAUCAACCUAAGCAAAAGGGGAGAAUUGGAAUCCUUUUGGACUUUAAUUGGUAUGAACCCCUUACAAGAUCGAAGGGCGACAAUUAUGCUGCUCAGAGAGCUAGAGAUUUCCAUCUUGGAUGGUUCUUGCACCCUCUUAUAUAUGGUGAAUACCCGAGAACAAUGCAAGAAAUUGUCGCUGAAAGGCUUCCUAAAUUUAGUAAAAGGGAGGUGGAUAUCGUGAAGGGUGCUUUCGAUUUUGUCGGCAUCAACCACUACACCACGUACUACAUGUACGAUCCUCAUCGGCCUAAGCCCAAAGUACCGGGUUACCAGGCAGACUGGAAUGUGGGAUAUGCUUAUGACCGCCGGGGAGUUCUUAUCGGUCCAAGGGCAAAUACAUAUUGGCUCUAUGAAGUCCCAUGGGGCAUCAGGAAGGCGGUCUUGUACGUCAAGGAACACUAUGGAAAUCCAAACGUGUUCAUCUCAGAAAACGGAAUGGAUGAUGCCGGUAAUCUCACUCUCCCCAAGGGUUUGCACGACACAAUGAGAAUCAACUACUACAGAAGCUACUUGAAGGAGCUGAAGGGGGCGAUCGAUAACGGAGCAAAUGUCACCGGCUAUUUUGCUUGGUCUCUGGUCGACAACUUCGAGUGGCUGUUAGGCUAUACCUCCCGGUUUGGGAUAGUUUACAUUGACAACAGAGAUCUUUCUAGGCAUCCAAAGAUGUCUGCCUACUGGUUCAAGAAAUUGUUGGAGAAAAAGAACGUGUAGUCCCUAUUCAGGCAUAGACUGGUCUCCCUUAAUGGGCUAUGGUAAAGAAAUAAAAGUGCCUCAAUGAACUAACCAUCAGCAA